AGAGGAGGAGAGGAAGAAGAGGAAGAAGAGGAACAUGGGAUAACAACAGAGAGGAAGAGGAGGAAGAAGAAGGGGAAAAGUGAAGAAGGAUUCAAAACCAAGAGGGAGAAGGAGUGAAACCAGUCGUCUGCUGGUGGAGGAAACAGGACGUUGGGUUACUAUGACAUCAUCAGAUUAUGUUUUCAUGAUGUCAUCACUCCGUUCCCCCCGGUGACGCCCCUCCCCCCUCUCCACAUGGCCAGUUACCUGCUGUGUUGGGGGGGCGGAGCUCUGGAGGACCGCUACCUGUACUCCCCACCCUACCCCGCCGUCUACAGGGAGCGUCCGGUGAACCGCGCCCCCGAGCUGCUGUACCCUCAGGCGGACGUAGCGGAGCGUCUGGCGCUCGGCGGCGAGGAGGCGAUGCUCAACGGCACGAAGGCAGACCUGCAGGCGGCCAAACGCCUCGCCAAGCGCCUCUUCCACCUGGACGGGUUCAGGAAGUCCGACGUGGCUCGACACCUGGGCAAGAAUAACGACUUCAGCCAGAUGGUGGCCGAGGAAUACCUGAGCAACUUCGACUUCAGCGGACUCACCAUCGACCAGGCGCUCAGGCUGUUCCUGAGCCGCUUCGCUCUGAUUGGAGAGACUCAGGAAAGAGAGAGAGUCCUCGCUCAGUUCUCCAGGAGAUACAGACAGAGCAACACACACACAUCUGCAGACAGCGUCCACACUCUCACCUGUGCCGUCAUGUUGCUGAACUCUGAUCUCCAUGGAAACAACGUGGGGAAGAGGAUGUCGUGCAGUCAGUUCAUCAACAACCUGGAGGGGCUCAACGAGGGGAAGGACUUCCCCAGAGACCUGCUGAAG